GAGAAACUGUUGCAAGCCGUGGAUCAACAAACUGUUGCACUCAAGCACAACAAUAACAACUCUGACGCUGUCACGCCCAUCGCACAAAAUAACGGCAAAACUGCACGAGCCAAUCGUCGUCGUAAGCGUCGCAAUAAAAAGCAACAAGACAACUCGCAGCAACCUGACGCCUUUCAGGAGCAGCUAACACACAACACAUCCACCGCCCACAAUAGCAACCACCAGCAGUACCCUCUUCCUCCACCCAACCACAACCACAACAGCAGCCCAUCCGUCAAUAUGCCAGCCCGUUUCGUCGAAGAAGUAAUCACCGCUGAUCCCGCUACGCACGUCGCUCCCCAAUUGGACCUGGGUGGCGGUCGCUAUGCGCCCCGUCAGCAGAUGGUAAAUGAUGAUGUUGCUAUUACUGGUUUCUCUGGUCGUCUGCCCGAGAGCUCCACCAUUGAGGAGUUCAAGCAAAAUUUGUUUAAUGGCGUUGACAUGGUAAACGAUGACCCCAGACGUUGGGAGCGCGGUCUUUAUGGCCUGCCCGACAGGUUGGGAAAGAUCAAGGAAAUCGACUUGGAGAACUUUGAUCAGCAAUUUUUCAGCGUGCAUCAGAAGCAGGCCGAGUGCAUGGACCCUUGUCUGCGCAUUUUACUCGAACUGACUCAUGAAGCAAUAAUUGAUGCGGGUUUGAAUCCUUCGGAGUUGCGCGGUUCUCGCACUGGCGUUUACAUUGGUGUCUCCAAUUCUGAGACGGAGCAGCACUGGACCAUAGAUCCUGAUCGUGUCAAUGGCUACGGUUUGACGGGCUGUGCACGCGCUAUGUUUGCCAACCGAAUCUCUUUCACUUUUGACUUCAAAGGUCCCAGCUACAGUGUGGACACCGCUUGCUCCAGCUCGCUGUAUGCUCUAGAACAAGCCUUCUCUGACAUGCGCGCUGGCAAGUGCGACAAUGCUAUUGUUGCUGGUGCAGGUCUCAUUUUAAAACCGACUAUGUCGCUGCAGUUCAAACGUCUGAAUAUGUUGAGCCCGGAUGGUAGCUGCAAGGCCUUCGAUGAAUCAGGAAAUGGUUACGUGCGCUCUGACGGUUGCGUUGUGUUGCUCUUGCAGCGUACCUCGUUGGCCAAGCGUGUCUAUGCAACAAUCCUUAACGUACGCACCAACACUGAUGGUUUUAAGGAACAAGGCAUUACCUAUCCCAUUGGAAAAAUGCAAAAUCGCUUGAUUCGCGAAACAUACGAGGAAAUUGGCUUAAACCCCAACGAUGUGGUUUAUGUGGAGGCGCACGGUACGGGUACCAAGGUCGGUGACCCACAAGAAGUUAACUCUAUCACCGACUUUUUCUGCAAGGAUCGCAAGACGCCGCUGCUCAUUGGCUCCGUCAAAUCCAACAUGGGACAUUCCGAGCCUGCUUCGGGCGUUUGCUCAGUUGCCAAAAUAUUAAUUGCUAUGGAAGCUGGUGAGAUACCCGCUAAUUUGCAUUAUUCCAAGCCAAAUCCUGAUUUGUACGGUCUUGUCGAUGGCCGCUUGAAGGUGGUGGAUAAGAAUCUUCCUUGGAACGGUGGCAUUAUUGGCCUGAACUCUUUCGGUUUUGGUGGUGCUAAUGCCCACGUCAUCCUUAAAUCCAAUCCGAAACCCAAGGCUAUCACACCACGCGAUGGCGCUCCAAAAUUGGUUAUAGCCUCUGGUCGCACAUUUGAAGCCGUGCAACAGCUUGUGGAGUCUGCUACAGAGCAUGCCGAUGAUGAUGAAUAUUUGCAACUAAUUAAUGAUAUCCAUUCCAAGCCCAUUCCACUGCAUUACUUCCGCGGCUAUGGCGUUGUAAGCAGUAAAGGUUCGUUGCAGCGAGAGGUGCUGGAGUUUAGCGAAGAGAAACGCCCCAUUUGGUACAUUUAUUCCGGCAUGGGCAGCCAGUGGGCUAGUAUGGCUAAGGAUCUGAUGCAGAUCGAUGUGUUUGCUAAAACAAUUCAACGUUGUGCCGAUGUACUAAAGCCGGAGGGUGUUGAUCUUAUUGAUGUGCUGACACGCUCCACGGACAAGAGUUUCGAGAACAUUCUUAAUUCCUUCAUUUCGAUUGCUGCUAUGCAAGUGGCGCUGACCGAUGUGCUUACCUCCCUAAACAUUCAACCAGAUGGCAUUGUUGGCCACUCAGUAGGAGAGUUGGGCUGUGCCUACGCUGAUGGCUGCUUUACACCUGAACAAACUGUUCUGGCCGCAUACUGGCGUGGAAAGAGCAUUUUGGAUACGCAACUGGCUAAGGGCAAGAUGGCUGCCGUUGGUCUGAGCUGGGAUGAUGCUCACAAGCGUGUGCCCAGUGACUGUUUCCCCGUGUGCCACAACAGCGAGGAUAACUGCACUAUUUCCGGCCCGGAGGCCUCUAUUGAAGCACUGGUUACCAAACUGAACGCUGAGGGUGUGUUUGCAAAGGCCGUUAACUCUAGCGGCUAUGCCUUCCAUAGCAAGUACAUUGCCGAUGCUGGCCCAAAACUGCGCAAGAGCCUUGAGAAAAUUAUCCCCAAUUCCAAGAACCGCACAACCCGCUGGGUGAGCACCAGUAUUCCAGAAUCUGCGUGGACCACCCCCAUUGCCAAGCAGUCUUCGGCUGCCUAUCAUGUGAACAACCUGCUCUCGCCCGUGCUCUUCCACGAGGCACUGCAGCAUGUGCCCAAGAAUGCGAUCUCAAUCGAAAUUGCCCCCCACGGCCUGCUGCAGGCUAUUCUAAAGCGCGCUCUGGGUCCGGAUGCCACAAAUCUGAGCUUGGUGAAGCGUGGCCAUGAAAACAAUGUGGAGUUCUUCCUCAGCAAUGUUGGCAAGCUGUAUGCCGCUGGCGCUCAGCCUCAGGUUUUGAAUCUUGUUCGUCCCAUCAGCUAUCCAGUGGGUCGCGGCACACCCAUGUUGAACUCCUUGGUCGGCUGGGAUCACUCGCAGAAAUGGCUAGUAGCCAAGUUCGGCAAGGAAACCUCUUCGGGAGAGACUGUUAUAGAGGUUGACCUUUCCAAGGAGGAUGAUGCAUUCCUCGCAGGCCACACCAUCGAUGGUCGCAUACUGUUCCCGGCUACCGGAUACAUGACUCUGGCCUGGAUGACCUUCGCAAAGAUGCGCGGCGGUGAGUUCCAUAAGACACCCGUGGUCAUGGAGAAUCUGGUGUUCCAUCGUGCUACCAUUUUAAACAAGAAUGCUGUCGUUAAAUUCGGUAUCAACUUCUUUGACGGAACUGGAAACUUUGAGAUCUGUGAGAGUGGCAGCUUGGCUGUUUCCGGCAAGAUCAGUCUGCCCGAGAGCAUUGAAAAUGAAGAGUUGCCGCUGGAGCCACAGCAACCCAACACCACUGCCAAGCAGUUGGUCACCAAUGAUGUAUAUAAGGAGCUGCGUCUGCGUGGUUAUGACUAUAGCGGCAUAUUCCGCGGCAUCGUUACCUCAGACACCGUCGCCUCUGUGGGUCAACUGCAGUGGGUUGACAACUGGAUCAGCUUCAUGGAUACCAUGUUGCAGUUUAGCAUUCUUAGCAAGGAUCUGCGUGAAUUAUAUCUGCCUACGCGUAUUGAGAAGGCGGUUAUCAAUCCGGCUAAGCAGCUAGAGCUCGUUAAUAAUCUAAGCAAGGAGGAGCAAACCGGAACCGGAGUCCCUGUAUACUGGUACAAUGACAUCAACGUGAUCAAGAGUGGUGGUGUGGAGCUGCGUGGCCUGAAGGCUUCGCUCGCCCAACGCCGUCCUGGUACCCAAAAUCCACCAACCUUGGAACGAUACAAUUUCGUUGCCAACAACAAUACCACCGAAUUACAUGAGAAUUUGGAGAAGGCUCGACUACAUGCUUUGGAUGUGGCGAUCCAGUUGAUUAUUGAGAACUCCAGCGGCGCCGUCAAGUUAAAAGGCGUUGAGCUGGCCAAUGGACGCAACCCUGAUGUGCUAGUUGCCAAUAAGUUGCUCCAACUUAUUGAAGGUGAACCUGUGCUUACCGGCGAUGUUGCUGUUGUCACUUCCAAUAACAACGAGGAGACUAUUAGUGGAGUGCUGGGUGACUCUGGAGUGCGCGUCAUAUCGAAGGAUGUCCUAAAAGAACCGGUAGAGCAGAACUGUCAUUUCAUCUUCGGUAUUGAUGUAUUGGCACGUCCGGACACGAAGAUUCUAGAGAAUAGCAUUGCCAGCAUUCGAGACUCUGGUUUCCUCAUCUUUGAGGAGAAUCUGAGCACCUACAACAAGACGGGACGUACAUUGUUGCAGAAGUUUGGCUUCGUGGGUGUGCAGGAGCAGACCUUGGGCGGUACACGCGUUCUUGUUCUGGCUCGCCGCACCAUAAACCUGAAGACCCGUAAAUCUGUUGUGGUGCAGGUGACCGAGCAGAACUUCAACUGGGUGGACGAUCUGAAGGCGGCUUUGUUAACUGCUACCACUGAGGAGCAGUACGUAUAUAUUGUGUGCCAGGGUGAGGAGCUUUUCGGUGCCGUCGGUCUAAUGACCUGCAUUAAGAAUGAGAACGGUGGAAAAUUGGCGCGUCUGGUGUUUGUGCAGGAUGCCAAGGCAGAGAAGUUCUCCUUAACGUCAGCGCUUUACAGCAAGCAGCUAGAGAAGGAUCUCAUUUCAAAUGUAUUGAAAAACGGCAACUGGGGUACCUUCCGUCACUUGAAGUUGGAAACCGAGCAAGCUACACUGCAGGUGGAGCAUGCUUAUGUGAAUGCUUUGGUCAAGGGUGACUUGGCAUCGUUGAAAUGGAUUGAAGCCGCCAAGGCUGAUACCAGCAACACCGACAAAGAUCUGGAGACGUGCACUGUGUACUAUGCGCCUAUCAAUUUCCGAGACGUUAUGCUCUCAUCCGGAAAAUUGGCAGCUGACGCGUUGCCUGGUGACUUGGCACAGCAAGAUUGCGUCCUGGGUCUGGAGUUCGCCGGUCGCGAUACCGCUGGUCGUCGUGUAAUGGCUAUGGUUCCAGCCAAGUCUUUGGCCACAACCUGCUUGGCCAGCAAGCGCAUGAUGUGGCAAAUUCCUGAGAAGUGGACUAUGGAGGAAGCCUCCACGGUACCUUGUGUCUAUUCAACUGUGUACUAUGCAUUGGUGGUGCGCGGCCAGAUGAAGAAGGGUGAACGCAUUCUUAUUCACGCUGGCUCUGGCGGCGUGGGCCAAGCAGCCAUCUCGGUGGCCUUGCAUCAUGGUCUGACCGUCUUCACUACCGUAGGUAGCCAGGAAAAGCGUGAAUUUUUGCUGAAGCGCUUCCCCAAGCUGCAGGCACGCAACAUUGGCAACUCACGUGACACAUCCUUCGAGCAGCUGAUCAUGCGCGAAACCAAGGGAAGGGGUGUGGAUCUGGUACUCAACUCACUGUCCGAGGAGAAACUGCAGGCUUCCAUUCGUUGCCUAGGUCUCAACGGUCGCUUUCUGGAAAUCGGAAAAUUCGAUUUAAGCAACAACAGCCCACUGGGAAUGUCCGUGUUCUUGAAAAACACCUCAUUCCAUGGCAUCCUGUUAGACAGUGUGAUGGAAGGCGAGGAGGAGAUGCAAAACCAGGUGGUUUCUUUAGUGGCCGACGGCAUUAAGAACGGCGCCGUGGUUCCAUUGCCCACUUCUGUGUUUAAUGAUCAGCAGGUGGAGCAAGCGUUCCGCUUUAUGGCCUCUGGCAAGCAUAUCGGCAAAGUUGUGAUCAAGGUGCGCGAUGAGGAGGACGGUCACAAGACGUUGCUGCCAAAACCACGCCUGAUUAACGCAAUUCCACGCACUUACAUGCAUCCCGAAAAGAGUUACAUUCUCAUUGGCGGCCUCGGUGGUUUCGGUCUUGAGCUCACAAACUGGCUUGUUACACGUGGUGCUCGCUAUAUUGUCCUCACUUCCCGUUCAGGUGUGAAGACCGGCUAUCAGGGUCUGAUGAUUCGCCGCUGGCAGGAACGUGGCGUCAAAGUGGUUAUUGAUACCAACGAUGUAACGACCGCCGCAGGCGCUAAAAAACUUUUGGAGACAAGCAACAAGCUUGCUCUGGUCGGCGGCAUUUUCAAUCUUGCCGCAGUGCUGCGCGAUGCUCUGAUUGAAGAUCAGACGGCAAAGGAUUUCAAAACUGUGGCUGAUCCCAAGGUAACGGCUACCAAAUACCUGGAUCAAUACUCGCGUACCAUCUGUACCGAGCUGGACUACUUCAUCUGCUUCUCCAGUGUAUCUUGCGGUCGCGGCAACAUCGGUCAGACUAACUACGGUUUGGCUAAUUCAGCUAUGGAGCGUAUUUGUGAGCAGCGUCAAAUCAGUGGCUUCCCCGGAACAUCCAUACAGUGGGGUGCGAUUGGUGACACUGGCUUAGUGCUGGAGAAUCUGGGUGACAACGACACCGUUAUCGGAGGAACACUGCCUCAGCGGAUGCCUUCUUGCCUGCAGACCAUUGACCUCUUCCUCCAGCAGCCACAUUCUGUCUUGGCCUCUAUGGUGGUUGCAGAAAAGCGAAAAUCAGAUCAGUCCGCAGGAGUUAGCCUAAUUGCUACCAUCUCAAAUAUUCUGGGCCUGCGUGACACAAAGAACAUUCAGGAUGGAGCUUCAUUGGCCGACCUUGGCAUGGAUUCACUGAUGAGCGCUGAAAUUAAACAAACACUGGAGCGCAACUUCGACAUUGUGCUGUCCGCGCAAGAAAUUCGCAAUCUAACUUUCGGAUCACUGAAGCAAAUGGAUGGCGGUGCUGAUGUAAAGCCCACCGAUACGUCAGCCGCAGAGAAGGCGAACACUCCCUCACGCACACCCAGUCCCCUGGGAGAUGGAACUCAAGUUGUCUUUACCACCGCAUUGAUGCCCACUGAAGCGAUAGUUCGACUAGAGACGAAGGCAACAGCAGCCAGCAAACAGCGUCCAAUUUUCUUUGUCUCGCCGAUUGAAGGUUUCGCCACUGCUCUGGAACCGCUUGCCAAGCGUCUCGAAUGCCCCGCCUAUGGCCUGCAAUUCACAGAGACCGUGCCCGUGGACACAAUCGAGGCAGUUGCAAAGUUCUACAUUCAACAAUUGCGCACAGUGCAGCCCAAGGGACCCUACAAUCUGGCAGGCUACUCCUUCGGCUGCCUUGUGACCUACGUCAUGGCCUACAUACUGGAGCAAAGCAAUGAGAUCACGAACGUGGUCAUGUUGGACGGUGCGCCCAACUAUGUGAACUGGUACACCAGCAGUUUCAAGCAGCGAUACACGGCCGAUGAUUCCAACUCCAAUCAGAGCUAUGGCCUGGCCUACUUCGGCAUUGUGCUGGCUAACAUUGACUACAAAUCGCUCGUACGUCUGUUAUUGGUCAUUCCCACAUGGGAGGAGAAAUUGGAGAGGUUCGCAGAACUAAUCAGUGUGGAAAUUAGCCAGCCCGUAGAUGUGAUCAAGAAGGCAGCUACGUUGUUCUAUAAAAAACUGGAGCUCGCCGACAGCUACACACCCACGCUUAAACUUAAAUCGAAUGUUACGCUGGUCAAGCCCACAGAUAACUCUGCUAAGCUGGACGAAGACUACCGUUUGAAGGAGGUUUGCACAAAAGCGGUCGAGGUGCAUACAGUCGACGGCAACCAUCGCACAUUCCUUAUAGAGGACCAGUCCCUAACCACAAUUCAAAGCAUAUUGAAGCGUCUCUUCAAUUAAGCCUCUAACUCUUAACCUCAGCAUCACACACACACACAUAGAAUACUCGAGUUCUGUAUUCGGCAUAUGGAGCUACCAAUUUCUCUCUAUCUCUAUCUCUCUACGGCAUGGCAUUCAGAAAAGAAGCAAACCAUCACUAGUUAGUAUAUUUAGUGAAUGAAUUUAUGAUGUUGAGCUGCAAGGAAUAAUCACAAAUCGCCCAGUUAAAAAUCGAUGUUGAAAAAAGCACAGUUACAAAUGUAAAGACUUAACUGCUGUCUUGCAGUGUCUGUGAACGCCUAGGUCCAAAUUUUUAGUUUACAGCUACUGCGAUUCCAAGCAGUUGAGUUUGUUUUAUCUCUACCACAAAUUCCUUGAGCGCUAUGGCAGUAGUCGUCCCAACUUACCAAAUAUAUCUUUAUAUAUAUGCUAUAUCGUAUACGUGUAUUGUAUAAUGUGUAGCACAUUUUAGUUUAAAUGUUAGUCUUAAGUCUACAGUUUGUAGUCACAUAUGUAAUGAAUUUCAUUUGAUGUAUACAGAACACUUUGUUAUUUUGAUGUAUAAAAUAAUCGCACAUAAUGAUUACUCAUGAA